UGAUAAGAGCGCGUCUUACCAAGUGCCGACUGCCGGAUACGAAUUUUGUGAUCAUAACAAUGACAAAAUAGAUGUAUUUAUCAUAACAUAAUAUAAGUCAUAAGAUCAAUGAUCAAGCAUAGGUUGAUCAAUGAUUAUUCAAUGUUGUUAUGUAUUUAAAUAAAGAUCUUCAAUUUGUGUGUUGUAAGUCAUAUCUAGUGAAACCAAGUAUUUGUCCACAGUCGACAAACGGUAAUAAUAAUAUUUGUGUAACUUACCGUGUUUAAAUUAUUAAACUGUAUAGGGGAAGUUUUGUAUUUUUAUACGUGUAUCAUUAAUUAGUUUUCAAGUUAAUCUAGUAUAAAACAUAGUUUUCCAAAAUGACGGCGUUUAGAAGCGCCAUGUGUGAAACACUGUUGGGUGAACCCGACCAAGAUGCUAAUUCGGCACUGAUAGAACUGGACAAAGGCCUUCGAUCCAAUCGGGUGGGCGAACAAUGUGAAGCUAUUGUACGUUUUCCUCGGCUGAUUGAAAAGUAUCCAUUUCCGAUAUUGAUUAACUCGUCGUUCCUGAAGCUGGCCGACGUCUUUCGUUUAGGUACCAAUUUUUUACGUCUUUGGGUCCUACGUGUAUGUCAACAGACCGAAAAACACAUAGACAAAAUAUUGAACAUCGAUGAGUUUGUUCGACGAAUUUAUAGCGUUAUACACUCCAACGACCCGGUUGCUAGAGGACUUACGUUACGCACUCUAGGCAGCAUCGCACGAAUAAUACCCGAAAGAGGUCAAGUCCAUCAUAGUAUACGCACCAGCUUGGAUUCGCAUAAUGCAGUUGAAGUAAAAUCGGCUAUCUACGCAGCUGCUCAAUUUGCCGCCCAAUCCAAAUCCUUUGCUGUGAGCAUGUGCAGUAAAAUAUCCAACAUGAUUAGCGGUAUAUCCACCGACGUCAUGAUGAAACUUAAAUUAAUACCAAUUCUGAAGCAUAUGCAUCACGACACUACCACGGCCACAAUGGUGAGAACACUUUGUACAGAUUUAUUGAAAAAGUAUCCGGCCCAAGAUUUUGUGCUCGUUACUUUGAAGACACUGAAUCAAUUGGCUUUAUCAAUUCUGGUCGAUAUACCAAAACAAAUAGAGCUGCUAUUCAAAUACCUCACCCAAGACAAACGCCCUUUGGUAUGCAAAUGCGCAAUUUCUGGACUUCAUCAAAUUGCCAAGGAAGGAGCUCAUUUUUGGUCCGAGGAAGCUGUUAAUAAUUUGGUAAGAUUUUGCGAAGAUCCAUCUAUCGAUAACAACUUAAAAGCUGACGCUAUUCAUGUAUUCGUGCCGUUGACUAAGUCACCGGCGAUAUGCCAGUUUCAUUACAGUAUCGAUAGCCCCCUUAUGAAAAUGUGCAUUGCAGAGUCAAGCUCAUCUCAUGAAGCGGUAGCGGCUAAUGCAGUAAAAGUAUUGACAAAUAUAGCUUGUUAUUGUUUCGAAGAAGAUAUACUGUCUAUAGAAAAUGCACACAAACUACAAAAUUGCAUACAAUGUUAUCUUCUGUCAGUUUUGACUACAAGAGAGAAAAUAGAUGACGAUUUAAAGGAUUUCAGUGUUGAAGAGCGUGCUCUCAUUGAAAGUAUUUUAAACACUGAUAACGAUGCCGAACCUAUGGAUGUUGACGACAUUGGGUCAUCCUAUAACGAUGGGAAACCUUCAAUUUACCUACGUGAUGGUUUACGAUCAGCUGUUAUGAUGUGCAAAGCGAAUAAAAAUUUAAUACCAGAUUUUGUAUCUCUCGUUGUUAGAGCGUUCCAACAAGAAACUUUUGAAUUAAAUCCAUUGGUAUGUGAAGCCAUUGCGGCUUUUGGCGGUAUUCUACCGGGUACAUUAGAACCCUAUUUAAUGGACUUUAUCAAUCAAUUACGACGUUUGACUAAAAAUCACAGUCAAGAGUCUACUACUACCAAAAUUAUGCUCUGUACAGUCGUCUUCCAAGCAUCGAUCAGUUAUGAUGAGCACGACAAGGGCGUCGUUAAUGAGUCUAUUAAAGAAGUAAUCAACGGGGUAUUAAAAACUAUUGACUUAUGGUCCAACUACAAAGUUGGUCGAGCUGCCAUUAGAUACGGCCAUUUUAACAUCAGCUCGGACAUUUUUGGAAAUUUGAAAAACCGAGUGGGGUCUGAGCAAAUGCAUUUUUGGUUAGCCGCUCUAGAAACCAUAAGCGUUGCAGAGUGUCAACUUGAAUUCUCUAAGGGCACUUCGUUACUGACCAAUAUUGGUCAAUCAAUUUCGACAUAUUAUCAAGCUAUAGCGUCACUGAAAGCAGCGUCGUUGAUGUUAAUUUUCCAAACAGAGUACACCCGUUUGCGCUGUGAACUACUUCAAUGUUUCAUGCGCUUGUUGUCGACUUGCAAUAGUUUUUGCACAACCCCGCCGCCCGCAAUAGCGUCUGCCAUCGUUUUAGCGACUAGAGAUGAAAUGCAAAGUUAUGGCCAUAUAACGAAUCAACUGAGGAAAAGGGCUAAAGAGUUUAAAGGAUGUGCCGACUUAUAUUGGAGGUUGUAUCAAUCGGCGUUUGACGCCGACUCUAAUACGUUGUAUCAUUUACAGCUUUUGCAGCAUUUGUGUCAGUUGAUGGCCUACAAUAUAGAAUCUGUAGCGGUUUCUAACAAAAGUGAAUGCCCAGUUCUGGAUUCUGAAUUGGAAAAAGAAGGUUCCUUGGAGAUACAACUAAUCAUUAAAUGUCGGCAAGAACUUUUGGAAAUUAUGAGCACGGUCGAACCAAAAUCGAUUACUCAUAAACACAUUGAGUCGCUCAAAAAACAAGCGUCUGUUUUACUAAAUACGCCAAUGUGUUUCCCGCGAUAUUUCUUUCAAACUCUCCAGUCGACCACCAUAACACUAGCUGUAUCACCUCAACCCCGAGUCAAUGGAGAACCCAUCACGGUGAACAUGGGCAGUAAUUUUGUAGUCAAAGUAGAAGGCGUCGUACAACACGGAACCAAAGCUAAAUUCCGAAAGGUCGAUGGAAUCCAAUUGACUGUAAUGUCUCAGAUGAUGAGCAGAAAUCACGACGCCCGACCGACAGACGGCCAUUUGAUGUUAACGCAAACAGUAAAACCUCACAAAGACUUUUUCGCAUCGGAGUUUUGUCUGAGUUUCAAUCAAAGCAGCCAAUAUCAAGUGCACAUUGAAGCGGCGCUGAUCGACGAUACUGCAUCCGUAUGGCAGAUUGGUGUUCGGAGUACGUUAAUUAUAAAAUGUCAUUAAUAAAAUAAUUUUAUAUUAUAA